UAUCGACAAGUCUCCAAGAAGAAGACAAUGUGAAGAUGAUUGUGUUUUGGAUUGCACUGAAUCUUCUUCAUCGAGGAUAUGCACUGGUUUCACAAAUUACUGUUCAAGCUGGAGAACCUGCAACCUUCAUCUGUAGUCUACCUCACACAGAGGUCCUCCCUCGACAAGUCCACUGGUAUAAACAGAGUGCCGGGGAUACACUGAAAGUAAUUGUGACAGUGCGGAAAUCUAAACCACCUGAGUAUGCACAAGAUUUUCCUAAAUCCAGAUGGGAGAUAAAAAGCAACAGCAGUUUUAGUAACCUGACCAUUUUGAGGACAAUUCAAGAAGAUGAGGGAAUGUAUCACUGUGGAGUCUCCGAGUGGCUUGCAGACAUUAUAUGGACUGGGAUGCAUUUAUUAAUAAAAGGAAAAAAUCAGAGCAUUUCCAACUCUUCUGUUGCUCAGAGUUCGACAGUAUCAUCUGGAACUAAGCCAGACAUCCAUGGAAGCAGCAUAUGGUCACACAGAUCCGGGGCAGUUAUUUUUAUGCUGUGUGCUGUCUUGGCUAUAAGCCUGAUUGUUAUAGCUAUCCUUAUUGCUGCAAUGAAGAAAGAUGACACGCAAUAUUGCAAAGGUGUUGUUCCCCUGCGAAAAAACACUGGUAUCCAGAAAACUCAACAGAAAGCAGAGGAUGUGUGGUUUUACUCUGCUGCAGUCUUUGCCAUGAUGGGAACUGACAGAGGUGGGACAACAGAUGCAGCUGAGAGGGAGAGACUCCACACUGCUGUCAAGGCCUUUGGGCUGGAUUAAUGAGCCUUUUGGAUCCACUGAAUAAUUUAGGUGUUUCUUUUAUGUCACAGUAGAGUACACCUAAUAUUAGGUAUAUUAGAUACCAUUGUAAGCUUAAAAAUGUAUUUUAGUUAAACUUCUGUUUAAGCAUAAACUUCUACAUCUGUAUACAUGCAUGCAGCCUUUUCAGUCUGGCUAGGGACAUUACUUUACACUUUUCUGAAUUAAGUCUCAGGCUUACUUUCACAAAAGCAAAAGGCUGAGUUAUACAAUACUAUGUAAAGAAAACUACUGUUGUCAAACGUAAAGACCUAAGUGGGGAUGCACUUGUAGUGAAGUGGAGGAACACAUUUUCAAAGACGUUUUCUUGUAACAUCAUAAUAUGUAAAUAAAUAAAACA